CAUUCGGGCUGGAGUGCCUGUAACGCGGGGGAGAGAGAGCAGUCGCACACCGACGGAGGAGGGCUGCUCGGAGGAGGAAGGCUGUCUCAUGCAGGGCUUUACUCGGGUUUAAACGAGCGAAGGAGGGAUUCUGACGGAAUACAAUGGAUCUCCUUUGGGUCUGGAUGUGGAUGGCGGCUGUGGGGGUUAUUCUAGCGGAGCAGUCACUGACACACAGUCAGAAGUCGUUGCUGUGUCUCAGGGGGUUUACGCGGGAGGAGGACAUCGUUGAAGUGGACCAAGAGCUGGCUAAAGGACAGGCUGUGUUCAACGAAAAGCCAUCUGUAAAGAAACAUCACUGUUUGAUAGAUGAAGUGACCUUCAUGGAGUGCGGUGAAGGAAAAGUGUGGUUCAGAGUUGGCGAUUCACCUGGUUUCAGCGUGAGCCAGGGGGGCGUGGUCUUCACCCAGCAGCGCCUAAACCUGGUGCAGAAGAAGAAAGCUCAGGUUGUGGUCUACGCUCAAGACCUGCAGUCCAAACAGCUGUGGAAGCUCAGGGUUCACCUCCACGUUCGUCCAAACAGCACCACAACACAACAGGUGAAGCCCAGUGAUGCCGCGCUGACUCAGCAGGAACCAGAGAUCCUGUUUCCAUGGCACAGCGUGGUCGUCAGAGGCGACGGCACGCUGAGGCGGGCCAAGAGAGAUUGGGUUAUUCCACCAAUCAAUGUCCCCGAAAACUCACGAGGACAGUUCCCUGAGGAUCUAGUCAGGAUCCGCUCUGAUAGGGACAAGAACCGGGUCCUGCGUUACAGUGUGACGGGUCCCGGGGCAGAUCAGCCUCCCAAUGGCAUCUUCAUCAUCAACUCCAUCUCAGGCCAGCUGUCCGUCACCAAACCCCUGGACAGGGAAGACAUCUCCUACUUCCACUUGCGAGCCCACGCUGUGGACAUGAAUGGAAACCAAGUGGAGAACCCCAUAGACAUCGUCAUCAACGUCAUUGACCAGAAUGAUAACAGACCAGAGUUCACCCACAACGUGUUUAAUGGUUCUGUUCCUGAAGGGUCCAAGCCUGGAUCCUUUGUGAUGACAGUGACAGCCGUGGAUAAGGAUGACCCAAAAACAGCCAAUGGAAUGUUGCGUUACAGGAUCCUCUCCCAGAAUCCCCAGAGUCCCUCUUCCAACAUGUUUACCAUUAACAACAAGACUGGUGACAUCAUCACUGUGGCAGCAGGCCUCGAUCGGGAG